AUCGAUGAAUCAUGAUCCCAGCACAUGUGAUCUUGCUGAAACAUUAACUCGCCAGGAAUGAGCCAGCGUAACACCCUUUGGGCAUUUUGCUUUUGAAUGAAGAAGGUGGCUGCGGUGAUAUGCAGUGACCGCUCAGCAGCCACAUGCCUGGGGAUGACGGAGUGAUGGGUGAUGAUGGCUCUAUCGAUUACAGCGUUCAUGAGGCCUGGAACGAAGCCACCAAUGUUUACUUGGUAGUGAUCCUAGUGAGCUUUGGUCUCUUCAUGUACGCCAAGAGGAAUAAAAGAAAAAUUAUGAGGAUAUUCAGUGUGCCACCUACAGCAGAAACUUUAUCAGAGCCCAAGUUUUAUGACACCAUAAGCAAAAUUCGUUUAAGACAGCAACUGGAAAUGUAUUCCAUUUCGAGGAAGUAUGACUCUCAGCAGCCACAGAACCAGGCGGACAGCGUGCAGCUCUCCCUGGAGUGAAUCCUCAGAAAAUGAGCAACGCGAGUGAUUGUUCAGCAGCAGAGUGGUCGCACACUCCUAAUUCUACCGAACCACACACAUCUUUAAAAAAUAUUCUUUCUCCAUAAAACCAUUUUACUUGUGACUUCUCUCCAAUUUUUGUGGUCUCUUUUGUUUUCCUUUUUAAAAUUUCAUCUCUGACUCAUUUGUUACAGAAAUAAAAAAUGGUUCAAAAAGCCUGAAAACAGGAGGAUAAAGUGUAACUAGAGAUGGUGAUUUAAAGACUUCUGGUCCAGUUUCUUCAGGACACAGGCAGGAAUGAAAACCCAUCUUUGGAAGUGAGAAUCUGAAGUUCAUGCUACUUUGAGUUGAACGUUUUUGCAAAAUGAAAAAAAUGAAAGUCCAGUCAUUGGUAUCAUUUCCUCUGAUUGUAUUCUGUGAUAAACGUGAUAUGGGUAACUGACUGAUUUGUGUUCUCAUUGCUGUCGUACCCCUGUGUACUUGAGUUAGCUAUUUGCUUAUUCAGAACUUAGCAUGGUAGACUGACUGCCUUUUGUGUAACGUGAAGCAUACCCAGCUGAUAAUUAUGGAAGCUUUCUGGAAUUUUUGCCCCCUUGAUUGUGUUCCUAGGUGUUUGCUUGCUUUUUUCUUUAAUUCUGCAGUUUCAUUUUCCACCAUAAGAGUCUCCUUUAGGCCACACUGGGGCCAUGUUGCCAAGUCAACAGACGGUGCUGUAUUGCUGUUAGCGACUUGCUUUUAGGUCAUGUGACUAUCGAUGUUUACUGUAACUAUCUGGUUUCUUCCAUAUUUUUUUAGCAUAAUAAUCUUCCCUGAAGACCCUUAUACCUUGUACCAUUUUGUACUGUACACUAAAAUGUUUUACCUAAUUGUUCAUAUUUAUUUAAAUUACAGCUGGUUGGAGAUAGUGGCAGAGAAGUUUAACUGUCCAUGUAACUGGCCAAGAAUUAGAGUUUUUGAGUCAUAGGUAAUUUUUUAUCCUCUCCCGAGGAUAUGAUUAUUGAUUUUUGAGAGAGAGAGAGAGAAAACACCAAUGUGAGAGAGAAACAUUGAUUGGUUGUGUCCUGUACAUACCCCCCGAAACCUAGUCAAGUGCCCUGACCAGGGAUCGAACGUGCAACCUUUUGGUGCAUGGGGCAAUGCCCCAACCAACUGAGCCACCCAGCCAGGGAAUAAAAGGUAUUCUUAAUUCUAAGAAUUAAUAUUUUAGCUUUAUUUUCUUUUCUCCUUAUAAAGUGAAGUUAUAUAAAUUUUAAAUUAAAAGGUUUAGACCAGAUAAAAUCAGUCAGGGGAAUUGUUGGUUUCUUUUAAAAUUUAAUUAUAAAGCAUACAAAAAUGUAUAUAUUGGGCAAGGUGAAUUGUUGACCAAAUGGACUGAUUCUUUCUUAACUCAUGAAUGAAUGCACUGCCUAUACAUAGAUGGAAAACUGUGUAAUUAAAAGGACUGUAAACAGUUAAAAUUAUAGAUGUGAUAGCAGAGCAGCAAGGAGACAAUCUUAAACUUGGCUUUGCUCGAGGAGACACACAGCAUGUUUCCAUGGGGAGGGAGUGUAACCUAGCAGGAGCCGUUUACUCGCUGUCACCAACAUGCGGCACAAUAUGGAAAAGUUACAAACCUGGCCACCUCAGAUGAUUUGUGAAGACAGCGUACAUGAGUAACUAUAAAUCACAAUGGAGUUGACUGUGUUGGUUUUCAUCUGCGUCUACUAGGUAGUGACAGGCAUAACUAAAAACUGGUAGGUGGUUUGGUGAAUGUCAAACCCUGGCAAGUGAGAGAGGAUGAAUUCCUCGUUUUUUCUCUAAAGCUAACUGGUGGGAAUCACUCACCCCCACUGGCAGGAACAACAGCAAGUCGGCCUUUGAAGUUUCUUCUCCGCUUCACCAGCUGAGCUGGGAAAGGCACAGGAGCCUGCAGCCACACUUCAAAGCAACAGCAGCUGAAACUCCUGCCUAGCCACCACCCCCGCCCCGCAGUCAACCAAGGAUUCAGUGGAACUAUUUUCUUUGGAAGAAAAAUGGAAUGACUAAUAAACUGGUAAAUAACA